UGGAGAGCCGGCGCGCACGCUCCGGCCCGCGCCCGGCCUGGCCAUGGCGGCCCCCCGCCCGCCUCCCGCGAUCUCCGUCUCCGUCUCGGCUCCGGCAUUUUACGCCCCGCAGAAGAAGUUCGGCCCGGUGGUGGCCCCGAAGCCCAAAGUGAAUCCUUUUCGGCCCGGGGACAGCGAGCCUUCCUCAGCGACCGGAGCCCAACGUGCACAGCUGGGCCGGGUGGGCGAGAUCCCCCCGCCGCCCCCGGAAGACUUUCCCUUACCCCCACCCCCGCCAAUUGGGGAUGGUGACGACGCGGAGGGUGCCCUGGGAGGUGCCUUCCCACCUCCUCCUCCCCCGAUCGAGGAACCGUUCCCCCCAGCACCUUUGGAGGAGGACAUCUUUCCUUCCCCACCGCCUCCGAUGGAGGAAGAGGGGGUGCCUGAUGCCCCCAUGCCGCCCCCGCCACAGCCCAGGGAGAAGGUGAGCAGCAUCGACCUGGAGAUUGACUCUCUGUCCUCACUGCUGGAUGACAUGACCAAGAACGAUCCUUUCAAAGCCCGGGUGUCAUCUGGAUAUGUACCCCCACCGGUCGCCACUCCGUUCAUUCCCGAGGCCAGUCCUAAGCCUGUAUCGAGUGGCACAGCACCCCUGCCUCCCUGGAAGACCCCUCCUAGCUCCCAGCCUCAGGCUCAGCCUCCGAGCCAGGGGCUUUUCCAUGUCCAGCCCCAGGCCAAGCCUCAGGUCCAGGUGCACGUGCAGUCUCAGCCGCAGGCUCCUGCCCAGCCUGUGUCUUCCGCUAACACACAGUCCCGAGGUCCUCCAGUUCCGUCUCCAGCUCCAGCCCCGAAGUUUUCUCCAGUGGCUCCGAAGUUUGCUCCUGUGGCAUCUAAGUUCAGCCCUGGAGCCCCAAGUGGAGCUGGGUCACAGCCCAGUCAAAAACUGGGGCCUCCGGAGGCUCCUGCUUCCACUGGCACAGGUUCCCCUCAACCCCCCAGCUUCACCUAUGCUCAGCAGAAGGAGAAGCCCAGAGUGCAGGAGAAGCAGGCUCCUGUGCCCCCACCUGCUCCAAAGCAGAACCAGGUACGCUCCCCUGGGGCUCCAGGACCCCUGACUCUGAAGGAGGUGGAGGAGCUGGAGCAGCUGACCCAGCAGCUGAUGCAGGACAUGGAGCACCCUCAGAGGCAGAACGUAGCUGCCAGCGAGACGUGUGGCCGCUGCCAUCAGCCCCUGGCCCGUGCGCAGCCCGCGGUCCGUGCACUGGGCCACCUGUUUCACAUCACCUGCUUUACCUGCCACGAGUGUGAGCAGCAACUCCAGGGACAGCAGUUCUACAGCCUGGAGGGGGCGCCUUACUGUGAGGGCUGCUACACUAACACCCUGGAGAAGUGCAACACGUGCGGCCAGCCCAUCACCGACCGCAUGCUGAGGGCCACCGGCAAAGCCUACCACCCGCAGUGCUUCACCUGUGUGGUCUGUGCCUGCCCUCUGGAGGGCACCUCCUUCAUCGUGGAUCAGGCCAAUCGGCCCCACUGCGUCCCCGACUACCACAAGCAGUACGCCCCGAGGUGCUCCGUCUGCGGGGAGCCCAUCAUGCCUGAGCCUGGCCGUGAUGAGACGGUGCGCGUGGUCGCCCUGGACAAGAACUUCCACAUGAAGUGUUAUAAGUGUGAGGACUGUGGGAAGCCCCUGUCCAUUGAGGCAGAUGACAACGGCUGCUUCCCCUUGGAUGGCCACGUGCUUUGCCGCAAGUGCCACACUGCUAGAGCCCAGACCUGAGUGGGGCCUCCUUCCAGACCGCAUGUCUAUUCCCGUCAUGGACCACCCACACUGAGAUGAGACCAGCCUGCCUCGCCCACCUGUUACUGUUUUGAUGCCCUGCCCUCUUCCAUUCCAAACCCUGCCCCAGUAUUCCAAGUGCCCUGUCCCAGGGCCCUAGCACAGCUUAGGGAUGGCCAGCCCAGCCCUGGGUUCCAAGCCCUCACCCGCCCUGGCCGGGGUCACCUUGGGGAGGGAGUUAGGGAGGGAGGCGGGGCACCAGUUUAUUGCUGCUGCUUUCACUGCUGCACCAACACCCCUUGGCUGGCCCCGAACAGCCUCUGUACUCUGCUUGCUGAGGCCGGGAGAUGCUCUCACCCUCCAGGAGUCUGGGCAUUCCUACCACCCCCUGUGCUGCCAGGUUGUGGCUGCAGCUGCAAAUAAAACCCCUUAUUUUCCAGAA